AUGCCAAAAAGUGAUACCUGGCUGUGUGGGACUGGACUUGAAACAUUGACUGGCAUGGACAAUGCGAGCAGCUGUGACAGCGUAGUCAGCGGACAUUCUGCUAUCAGCGAUAAUAGUCUGGAGCAUUUGUCUGCUGAGGAGAAAGCCUGCCUCAUGUUUUUGGAGGAGACCAUUGAGUCACUGGAUACCGAGGAUGAACGCGAACUCUCCAAUGAAGAAACAGACCUCUUGCCAAUCCCUGGCAGCCUGGCCUCCAGACUGGCAGACCUGUCAGCCUCCAUAAACAAAACCAAGCUCAAUGGUCUGCGAAAGCACCACUCUAUGGAAACCAUCAGGGAAAAGGUGGAGCAUAAACCCAUACAGAACUACCUUGUACCAACACCUUUUGUUUUGGCGAGCAGCUCUAAUCAAUACAAAUCAAAUAUGAAAGCUGGCAUUCAGUUAAAAAAGAAGUCUCUUUCAUUUAACAACUGCAGCCAGAAGCCUACUGAUUCCCAUGUUCCCUUUGAGGUCAAUGGUCUGAUAACCCCUACAACCAAGCCUAAAGACAAUUUAGUGAAAACUGGUGAAAGAGGGCCUUUAUCCUACGAUGCACUUGUUUACCUGCGAAGGAGCGCUUCCACAAAGAAAACGCCUUUAUGUCCCACAGUCGAUCACACGAUAGACUUGGUAAAAUGCCCUUCAGUUAUCAUGGAAGAUCCAAAUAACAGAAAUGUGGGACUGCCUGACAGAGCGGUCUCAGGGGCAGGCAGGUUUAGGAUAGGCCCGCCACCUGUUGCGCCAAAACCUAAAAGGAUUCCUUCAAAUAUCUCUGUGAAGAUGGAAAAGGAAGAUGCCCCAGCCUCAAACUCAUCAUACAAUAUUAAAAACGCAAUAGACCCUAAAGUGGUGAGACAGGAAGCUUUGCAGAAGCUAGGUCUCCUUAAAGACCAACAAUCUGAAACUCAAGUGACUCAACAGGAGCUCUCCAAGUCACAUUUGUCUGUGGGAAACGGAUUUUUAAAAGGUCCCGUAAACAUUAGUCAGUCAAGAAGCCCCUCUUUUUGCCAUGCUCCAGUGCCCCCUGAGCCCAGAAGCAAGGCUGUGCAGAGCAGUUCUAGUUUCCACCACUAUCUAAGGUGCCCUCAACAUGUGAUGUCACUGUCUCAUUCAGGGCAACGCAACAGGUUAAAGAUCGCAGGUCCAGAGAUACCUCAUACAGUCCUUAACCACAAAAAUGAGACGACCUGUCCAGAACCGCGACUCCAAACAGUCUCUGAGGAUCAGCCAGUUUCUCCGAAAGCCUCAAACUCUGUGACAUACACAGUAAUGAUGGUGCCUGGAAUGGGUGCCGACAGAAAAGAGGCUCUCAGAAAGUUGGGACUGCUCAGAGACUAG